AUGUAUCUCUACAAAUAUUUUGUUGCGGCACUUUCUGCGAUCCCUGCAUGUAAAGCACUCCCCCAGCAACAGCAAAGGGAUUCGCCAACCACAAUCACCUCCGAUGCCCUGAGCUCCUUCAACUUUUGGGUUCAGUAUGCGGCCGCUGCUUACUGCGAGUCCAACUACAUCUCCCAGAUAGGCCACAAGCUGACCUGUUGGGCGGGCAACUGUCCCCAAGUUGAGGCCGCCAAUGCCACGUUUCUGCUGGACUUCUCCAACACCACUGCCACAGACACUGCCGGCUUCCUCGCACUCGACCACGCCCAUGAGGCCAUCAUCCUCUCAUUCCGAGGCUCCUACUCCCUACGCAACUGGCUUAGCGACGCAACGUUCUUUUACGCGGAUCCUCAUCUUUGCACCGGCUGUCAAGCCGUGCUUGGGUUCUGGAGUUCCUGGACCAACGUGCGGGAGAAUGUGACUGCAGCCCUUACCAGCGCCCGCGCCCAAAACCCGGUAUAUGAACUUGUAGUCGUCGGACAUAGUCUGGGCGCGGCUAUCGCGACCCUCGCCGCAGCAGAUCUACGACACCAGGGCGAGAAAGCCACGCUGUACGCCUUUGCAUCGCCCCGUGUAGCCAACCCGGUCCUAGCCAAGUAUAUCACGACCCAACAGGACCAGAACCAGGGCACGAACUAUCGCUUCACACACACGGACGACCCCGUGCCCAAUCUACCUCUACAAUUCAUGGGCUAUGCACAUAUCAGCCCCGAAUGUGAUCACUGCCCCGGACAAUUCGACCGUCUCAACCAGUCGGGUCGUCGUGUAUGCCGACGGGGAUAG